AUGCCCGCGCUCCCCUCGUUAACUUUUGCGCUGCGACGUCCUCUGCAAUCAACAUUACGGCAUUUUCAUGUAUCCACAUCUCUCCAGAUGUCUGUUGCAUUGUCUGCUGCUCCUCUUAAGUCCAAAAACACGCUUUCCAAUGUCAAUGAUAGCCACUUUUUAACACUCUUGAAGCAUUCAAUCUCCCAGCGCCAUCCUACACAAGCACUGAGUGCAUUGGCAAAGCUUCAGACACCACCUGAUGCAUCUGUAUUGAAACAGCUUGCAGUGCUUUUGGCUAGACAGAAAAAGAAUCGAGCACAUGCGCUUCAGGCUUUUGAAGUCCUACGUGAAGUGUAUCAAUCUCCGGGUCUUAAACCAGACGACUAUAUGAAAUUAGCAUCAAUUUAUGUAAUGGAUGCAUGCCUUCGAUUUCGUAUGUUGGAUCAAGCAAUGGAGCUAUACGAUGAAGCAUCGAAUCAAGCUGUUGUGUUGGACUUACCUGCGUACAAUGGACUCUUGACGGCGCUAGUGGAUGCAAAGAGAUUAGAUGAAGCUACGGAAAUAUUACGAGACAUUGUAAGAGGUGAAGAUGUGUGUCCGAUGGAACAAACGUUCUUGCCAGUGCUUCUUGAACUUGUAAAAAGUCACGAAUACGACCAAGUGACGGACUUGAUGCGACAAGGAGCGACACGAGGAGUGGAAUUUACAAGUGAAACGUUUUAUCCACUUUUAGAAAUCACUGAAAAGGAUUCGUCGUCAUCAGAUUCGCUUAUCAAGUUUCUCUCGUAUGUCGAAGAAGCAUGGGAUGAGUAUCAGGACUUUGAUUCCGAAGAUGACGACGACACUAUUGAGUAG